CCUGGGCCCUGUUAUCAGCCCCAGAGUCCACAGGACGCUCCUCGGGUUAACGUGUAACCACAUGCUGUCCCCUCCACCCCCAGAGCCACCCGCGCUCACACAGGUGCCAUUCUGGGGGGUCAAUGGCCAACAUGGGCGCUCAGGAGGAGGGUCUGCCUGGAAAGCCUUGCUUCUUAGCCCAAGUGAGAGACGCCAGCAGCCGCGCCUGUGCCUGCGGUUGAGCCCCUUCUUUGUCACCUGUGCUGCCUACUUCCUCCUCUGGAUCCCUCAAGACCAGCCGUCUUGGGUCGGCGCCCUCGUCAAGUGCCUGCCGGUGCUUUGCCUGGCCGGGUCCCUGCAAGCUGCGUGCCAAGGCACCGGCCACCGCGUGCUCCUGCAGGGGGCCCUUCUGUGCUCGGCCGUGGGUGAUGCCUGCCUCAUCUGGCCCGACGCCUUCCUCUCUGGCGUGGCUGCCUUCACUGUGGCCCACCUGCUCUACCUCUGGGCCUUUGGCCUCACUCCGCUGCGGCCUGGCCUCCUGCUGUCCAUCGCUCUGGUCUCCAUGCCAUACUACGGCCUCCUGCUGCUCCACCUCCCAGCCAGCAUGGUCCCAGCGCUGGCGGUCUACUCCCUGGUCCUGGGCUCCAUGCUGUGGCGCGGCCUGGCCAGCGGCGGGAGUGUCCGCGGGGGGGCCCUGCUUUUCACGCUCUCAGAUAUGGUGCUGGCGUGGGACACCUUCGUCCAGCCGCUGCCACAUGCCCGCCUUGUGGUCAUGAUCACCUACUACGCUGCCCAGCUCCUCAUCACCCUGUCGGCCUUCCAGAGCCCCCGGCCCAAGACCCACUGACCAGGGGCCCGGAUGGACCGGCGGCGCCCCGUGGCCUCUGGCAAGGCCCCCACAGACCCCGGGCUCCUGGACUCCUGCCUGCAAGUGCCUGUGCGGCUCGGGACCCAUGAGAACCGUCUGUGGAAAACCACAUCCACCGCCGAUUCCCCGUGGCCGCCUUCCCUCUGCUCUGACCGCAGCCUCCCACCUGCCUCCCCUGGGCACCUGCCCCCUUCCCUGCGGCCCUGAUCUAGUUCAUGCCCAAGUAAAGCGGAUAUUGAAACAG